AUGCAGCCUCCGCAUCGCCCAUCCGCGCCCGCCUCGUCUCAGCCCGUUCCGCUCCCGCAAGGUCCCCCUUACCCCGAACAAGUCUCCCCCUACCCCGCACAAGUCUCCUCUUACCCCGCACUAGUCACCUCCUACCCCGCACAAGUUUCCCCAUAUCCCGCGCAAGGCUCCCCCUACCCCGGACAAGGCUCCCCCUAUCGCGCGCAAGGCUCCCCCUACCCCGCGCAAGGCUCCCCCUACCCUGCUCCCCCGUCCACUCCGCCGCCGCUCCCCUUUGACAUAGUCCCGUCCGCGGAGAGGGAAGGGUUUGAGCGGAAGCGGUCAGGGGGAGGGGCAGGGGGGAUGGAUGGGGGAGGGGGAGGGGGAGGGGGAGGGGGAGCAGGAAGGGGAGCAGGAGGCGGAGAAGAGAUGCUUCUAGAUUCGGUGCUUUUAAUACCGUGUUCCAAUAGAGGGGACUCAGGAGGAUCUAGUGUGCUAAACCAGGGCGUGUUCAGUCACAGCGUGUCGGGUGCAGGUGUCGAUAGAAACCCUAGUGCGAACCAGCAGCAGCACAACGGCCAUAGCCAGCAGCAGCAUCAGCAGCACCAUCAUCAUCAGCAGCAGCAACAGCAGCAGCAGCAGCACCAGGCGCAUCAGCAGCAGCAGCAGCAGCAGCAGCAGGCGCAUCAGCAGCAACAGAGUCAGGCGUAUUGGCGUCAAAGCGCAGGUGUUUCGUCAGGGGCUGCCAUUGUUCCAGGUGCCGUUGCUGCUGUACCUGCUGCCAUGCCUGCUGCCGUACCUGCUGCCCUCACCUUUCGCGCCCUGCCCCCAAAGGACCUGGCAGCAGCAGCGUCUCACCUUCCGCGCCCUGCCCCCAAGGGACCUGGCAGCAGCAGCGUGUGUGUGCCGCGAGUGGAGAGCAGCAGCCACCAGCGAGCCUCUCUGGCCCCUGUUGACCCCUUUUUACCCCUGCUCCCCCUCCUCCCCCUCCUUCCCCAUCUGCAGCUCACCUUCCGCGCCCUGCCCCCGAGGGACCUGGCAGCAGCAGCGUGUGUGUGCCGCGAGUGGAGAGCAGCAGCCACCAGCGAGCCCCUCUGGCCCCUGGACCUGGCAGCAGCAGCGUGUGUGUGCCGCGAGUGGAGGGCAGCAGCCAUCAGCGAGCCUCUGUGGCACCGCCACACCAUCGCGCUCUGGCCCGCCCUCGCCAGCCCGGCUGUGGCUCGUCGGGUCUCCGAUUCCUGCGGCUUCUACCUCUUCUACAGCCCUGCUGUGGCGCGCCGGGUCUCCGACUCGUGUGGCUUCUAUUUGUUCUACAGGUUGGUCGCUCUCUCCAUCUCCCUCUCUGCCACCGCCACACCAUCGCUCUCUGGCCAGCGCUCGCCAGCCGUUGGUCGGUCUCUCCCCCUCUGGCCUGCCCUCGUCAGCCCUGCUGUGGCCUGCCGUGUGUCCGACUCCUGUGGCUUCUACCUCUUCUACAGGACGGGCCUCCCCGCCCCGCUGCCCUUUCACCUGGACGAUCUCACAUUCUUCUCCCUUUUUUCCCCCUCUUUUUGCGGACGGGCCUCCCCGCUGCCCUUCCACCUGGACGAUCUCACAUUCUUCUUUGACCUCUCCUUCCACGGCUCGCCCGUCUUCUCCCAAGCCUUCAAGUACAAGGGCGGCCGCGCCCUCGUCCCCUUCUCCCCUUCCUUCCACCCCCAACCAAACCCCAUAUUUCCUCCCCCUUUUUCCCCACUCUUCGCCCUUUUCCACUUCCCUCCCCCCUCCCCAUCCCCCCAUCCUCUCCCUCUUUCAGGAAGCGUUUCCUCCCCUUUUCCACCUGAGCGGCAGUGCGGUGCAGGCUGCUAA